AUGAUGAGCCACCAUCAUCUGUUGCAUACCAAACACAGUGGCAAUGGUGAUCAUGAUCAUGAUACUGAUAGUGGCAGCACCAACAACAACAGUGAUACCCACAUAGGUCUGACACAAACAUCCAGUAUCACUCCACAUAGGAAUCGACCACAGCCUGGUCUGCAUGCCCUGCGAGUCCGUGACCACACGACAUCCAUGUCUCAGCAAACACCACAUGCACAACCGUUGGAUUACUUUACAAACCACCAUUUUUCAAGAUCCUUCAAUAGUUUGAUUUUGGAUGAUAAUACUACAACUAUUGACAAAUUAUCUUCAAAAAAGACCAUAAACAAAUCACCACCAUUUAAUGUAAAGACAGAUUACUUGAACGAUAGCAUAGACACCUUUCUUGAUGAAGAAGAAAUAGCCAACGAUACUGAUAUUGACGAGUACGAGGACGAUUUUUUAAGUGAAGGUGAAGAUGAGUUUAAUGUGGAAAACAAAGGGGUAUACUUGAAUACCACCCCCAACAAGACUUCCAACGACUACCGUCAAUCAAGCUCAUUUGCAACCCUGAGUCAACAGUUUGUUAGGCCGUCCUUGGGACCUGACUCUUCUAAUUCAACCAUACGAAACUCUCAAAGUUCAAUCAAACGAUCUUCAAAAUAUAUCAACCUUUCAAUUGAUUCUAGUCUACGAACAUUAGAUGGGGGUAAAAUGCCUGAUGAGAUUGAUAAAAUUAGCUUGAAUGAAAUUGAUGUCAAAGUUAACGAUUAUUCUUCACCUGCAUCAUCACGCAGAACUGAUAACUUGUUACUACCAUCCACAAGUAAUCAAUUCAAACGGCCUCAUAAAUUAAUUAGUCAGUCUCCAUCUCCAUCAUCAACAAAGGUAAAAACAACAUUAUCAUCCUCAUCACCACAAUCGAACUUGCAUUCACCAUCUCAACUUGGAAUAAAGCAUUUUAGAGGCUACAAGAUUAAUGAAAAUAUAGUAUCCCCCAUUCGAAAUCGAAAUUCAGAAAGUCCGCUUUCAAAAACACAUUUGUUUGGUCAAGCUACUAAGCUACGAAAAACCAAUACACCAAUAAUACAUUCAUCAAUUGAAAAUGUACAACCUGGGUUAAAUCAAGCUGAUUUUGACAAUGAUGUAUUUGAUAGCCCGUCAAAGAAUAGAAAACUGUCCAAUUCUCACCAAUCAUCAAUAAUAAUGUACCAAGGAAGUCCGAAAUUGACAAAUACGAACACGGAUACGAAUACGAAUACGAAUACGAAUACGAAUAAGAAUAAGAAUAAGAAUGUUGCCACUACCCCAUUUGAUGAUAAGGAAAACAACGAUCUGUUCCGUUUUGUCAAGCCUUUGCAAACAGCAUUUUUGUCCAAUGGGUUAUUGAAGAAGAAUAUGGUCCAACAUACAAUAACAAAACCACCACCUGAAACUCCAAUGAAGAGGAACCCUUUAACCAUGAUCAAUACCAAUAAACCUUUACAUCUACGAUUUGAUCACGAUAAUGUGAACUUAUCACAUAUAAUUGAGCAAGAGGAACACGAUAGAUCAAUUGAAGUAGGGAGAGAUAAUGGUGUUGAUGAUACUUUGAAUUUGAGCGACAUUGAAAGGUCACAGUUCAAGAUUAUUCCUUCCCUGGCAGAGCCAAACAAGAAUGAUAUGCAACAGCACCAAGAUUUGGAAGUGAUAUUUACUUCCGAUAUAGAAUUGGAUGACGAAGGGUCAAUGAUUCCAGAAACGCCAACAAAGAAACAUUUUGCUCAAACACACCAUCAUCAGUCAGUUACGGCUCCAGCCCCACCGGUACCAUCGACAACGACUAAACAGACACUAUCAAUGAAGCUUGGCAAACUUGACAAGCUACAGUUAAAUUCUGGACCUAAAGGCUUCAAGUUUGGUGCACCCUCAACACCAAUCCACUGGGGAUUUGGCGAUGAGAAAGAUCCCAUUUUGAAAGAUAAUCCAGUGGAAUUACCUCCAUUGAAUGAAAGUGAUCAAUUAAAAUUGAGCCAUCAUCUGUAUUUAAGCACUUAUCCCGCCAAAAUAGAUGAGCAUUUGAUUAACAAGUUUGGCAUGAAGAAUCUAAAGUAUAUUGGACAUGGUGAGUUUAGUAUAUGUUUUGAGUGUGUAUUCAAUGAGGAUAAAUUUGCCAUCAAGAGAACUAAAAAGCCAGUUAUUGGUAAAUUAGAUAAACAAACUAUAAUGAGAGAGAUUGAUGCAUUGAGAACUCUUUCAAGUAUCAAGGAUAAUGAAGAUGAAAAUUUGGCAGAAGAACAGCAAGGGAAAGAAAAUUUGGUUUAUUUCAUUGAAGCUUGGGAUUUUGAUAAUUACUAUUACAUCAUGACGGAAUAUUGCGAAGGUGGUACUCUUUAUGAUUUUUUGGAAGAUAAUAAACAUUACAAGAUCGAUGAAUUUAGGAUAUGGAAAAUGAUUAUAGAAUUAGCCAAUGGAUUACGAUUCAUUCACCUGAGGAAUUAUCUACAUCUUGAUUUAAAACCAGCAAAUAUUUUCAUCACAUUUGAAGGAUAUUUAAAAAUUGGUGAUUUCGGCCUAGCUACAAAAUUACCCAUUUUGGAAAAAGAUUUUGAUUUAGAAGGUGAUCGAAAUUAUAUUGCACCUGAAUUAAUUGAUGAUAAGAUAUACACACCGUUUGCUGAUAUUUUCAGUCUUGGUUUAAUUAUAUUGGAAAUUGCGGCAAAUAUAAUCUUGCCUGAUAACGGAACACCAUGGAGGAAAUUACGAAGUGGUGAUUUGAGUGAUGCUGGUCAAUUAUCAAGUGAUAAUAUUUCCAUGUUUUUACAACAUAAACCAGAGACUAGUAGUUCAUCAAAUACGAAUUUCAGCUCUUCGGCUCAUUCAUUAUCAUUGAAUCCACAUUUCAAAUCAAGAUCUACAAUUGAACAUAAUGAUGAUACUAUCGGGGCUCAUGAUUUGAUUCCUUCUUGGGCUCCACCUUUUUUGGUUGGAGAAUCAAAUGCAUUGGAUGCUUUGGUGAACAAGAUGUUGAAACCUACUCCAUUUGAUAGACCUAGUGCUAGUUCAAUUUUGGAAAUGGAUGAAUGUGUCUUGAUUGAAAAUAGAAGGAAGUGUGGUGCUACGAUUUUCGAAGGUGAAUUUGGAAGUCCACCCGAUGAUGAAACCCAAUAA